CCAUUGCAGCCCGUUAAAAUGAAGACGCAACAAACGCCGAACCCUAAAAAGUUGGAGUUCAGUAUGACACGCAAUUAAGGGCCUAAGUCAUUUGCAUCAAUGAUGAGAUGUACUCCACCUGAAGCGCAAUUUCCGUCCAACGUUCCCCCUUGAGAGGUACACUCUUGACCGUUCAAACAUGUUCCAGUUGUUUCAAUAUCCGAAGCAGUUAUGCAUGGACCAUUCUAAAAAUGAUAAUUGAGUCUAGAAUAAAAGAUAAUGCGGGUAGCAUUUGCUACAAGUAACAUAAAUCUUCUGGAAUUGCGAACUGCAUUUUUUUUGAUGAACCAAAAUGAGUCUUUUGGAAGUACCGUAUAUCAAGGUACACUUGAAUAAGUUAAAGAUCUACCUGGAACUGAACAACAUUGAAGAGACUGAACAAUCCUAAAAGCAAAGAUAGUCAUGAACGCGUUCCGGGAACACAAGAAAUAGCCCAGGUCGUAUUUACUCUUUUGUCGAUGAAAGUUCGUUUGCUGAACGUUGCUGUUUUGACCCUCACUUUGAACAAGCUCAAAACUGAACAAAGUGUAGAACAGAAGAUGAAAGAUGGCCACCAGCGAUCCCUUCGGCGACAUGGUUGUUUUCUGGUAGGGUCUUCGAAAAGGAAUGACAGUAUUCGGGUCUAUUGAGUUUUCGCUUGGCCUGCAAUUUAUUUUUCAACAGGUCGAGGGAAAUUCGUUUGGGCGAGCGUUGCUUUUCAGGGAUUGGUCAAUUGGACGUGGUAUUUGAGAUCUUAACCGGCACACCCACAACCACCAAUAGAGGCGUUCAAUCUAGAAUUGUUAUGAACAAUUAAUGGUCAUCACCCUUUUGGAUGCUUCGCAAUCUGAUUUGUUUGAUGCAAAUAUUAGCAUUUAUAAUUUUACAAUCGAUGAUUUUUCUGUCCCUGUGAACCAAAAGUUAGCAAAGUCAAUAAUGGCCAUAGUAUUCUAGCAUAUCUAACUCUUUGAAAUUACAAGCCUAUAGUACACUGUACAUCCAUGCCCAAAAAAGACAAGGUUAGCCGCCUGCAUAAAAUUGCUCCUCCCCGUCUGAGCGCAAAAAUGCAGAAAUGAUAACCGCGAAUGUCGUUGUAAGGCUGGCAUGCAUGGAUUGUCUGCGCCUCAUUUGUCUCAAACAGCAUCAGAACCCAAAUUGCAAAUGGCUCGAAACACAGUUUGCAGACUCAUUCGACAUCUGAACUUCCAGAGGUUAAGUCUUGAUCAUCAACUCUGGGAACACUUGGGACUUCACAAAACCGAUCUUGAGACUUUGAGCCAAGAAUCAUGUUUGGAAAAUAUUUGGGCAGUGUCUUUGUGGUUUGUCUCCUUGCUGACAUUUUGCAAACGUCGUCUAUGAAUCUCACUUCACCUCAACGACCAAGAAAUGGAAAAGUCUUGUCCUUGUUUCAAAUAAUUCAAUUUCAAAACGGCUUCUGCAUGGGAUUUGGCAAUCGAAACGGAACUUGCUACACUCAGGGCGAGUGUGAGGCCAGAGAUGGGUCAUCUGUUGGCACUUGUGCCAAUGGAUUUGGAGUUUGUUGUGCCUUUACUUUGAGCUGUGGACAAUCAACCUCAGAAAAUUGCACUUAUUUGGUCCAAUCCUCGACUAGCACGAUAGCCAAUCCUUGUACAUAUACGGUGUGUCCAGCCAACAACAAUAUCUGCAGGAUUCGAUUCGAUUUCACGACCUUCAACAUAAAUGGCCCGGUCACUGGAUCGGCCACUGCAACCAUUCCAGCUUUAACAACAGCAGGCGGUGCCAUCGGCGAUUGUGCGACUGACAUAUUUACAAUAACUGCUCCCGGAAAUUUUGCUCCACCGGUUAUUUGCGGAUUCAACACUGGACAACAUAUGAUUGUCGAUGCGUCUCGAACUAUGUGCAACGAAGCUCAAUUCAGCCUGAAUGGAAUGGGAACUCGAGAAUGGGACAUAAAAGUGACCCAAUACAAUUGUGGCGAUGAGCAAGGAGGGCCGGACGGGUGCUUACAAUACUUUACAGGACUCACUGGAACUGUGUCCAGCUUUAACUUUCCCACCACGUCAGCAAUUGUGGACCCUACAACCACUCAUCUAUCAAGCCAAAUGCAAACUAUGUGCUGGAGACAAGAAAUGAAUACAUGUGCCAUUUGUUGGAUUCCAGUUGUUUUAGGAUCAGACACAAUAACGGGCUCGUUUGGAUUAAGUGUGUCAAAAAACAAACUACCACGAGGGGAAACGGAUGGACUAUGCAGUGGAGAUUAUCUUCAGAUUCCCAACGCACAAUCAAACGUGGAAACCAAUGCUGACGAUACGUUCGUCAUUGGAACCAUUGGAUCCGACGUCAAUUUGAGUGACCGUAUUUGUGGCCGGUUUUUCAGUUCGGCCCUAGAUGAUGCUGAGCGGCAGCUUUCCCGCUCUGUAUGCACUCAACAACGACCAUUUCGAAUGACUUUCCAAAGCGAUGGUGAUGAGGUAACCUUGACGAAGGUCGUAACCAAAAAUCCCGCCAAUCUUAAUGAAUUGAAUAGAAUACCAGGAGGAAUCGUGGGUUUCAAUCUUCGAUGGACGCUUCAAACCUGCAGUUAAAUUGGAGCCAUGCUAACUUUAACAGUACCCCUUAAUUUACAUGCUUUUUUAUUACUUUUGACAUUGUGAAUGUAGUUAUUGUUGAAUGUUACAAUCAUCUGAUGUAAAGAUAAAUCAAGAUAUUCGGAAAAUCAAA